AUCAGACGCAUCAGACGCGCCGAUGAACGUAAACGAGUGAUCAACGUUGGCAAGAUCUGAUGUGCCACAGGCUCUUAGAUACAUACUGAAAACCGAGCAUGACAUCAGACGACGAGUUGCGGUUGCAGAGAGGACUGAAAUCCACAAUCGAACCCAGGAACAGCGACCGUGGCCGAGAUGUCGAGCGUGGGCGCGAGAAACGACACAGGUCUAAAAGCAGGGAAAAAAGGAAAAGGUCACGGAGCCGAGAGAAAAGAUCCCGAUCACGUAGUAGAGAGAAAAAGAAGGAUCGAGACAAGGACAAGGGACGUGACAGAGAAAGACGCAAGGACAAGGACCGAGGAAGAGAUGAGGAUGGCAAAGCCAAUGAAGCAUCUGGAAAAGAGAAAGAUGAGGAGCAGGACGAAGUUUCCAUCAAGAAGGAGCCACUUUCCCUGGAAGAACUAAUGGCCAAGAAGAAGGCUGAAGAAGAUGCACGCAGCAAGCCAGUGUUCCUGACCAAAGAGCAGCGAGCGGCUGAAGCCCUGAAGCGCCGUCAGCAGGAGGUCCAGGAACAGCGUCAAAAAACGGAGGAGGAGCGCAAGAAGAGGCAGCAGUUUUUUGAGCAGGCCAAGCGCGCCUGUGAUGAUGUCUCUGAUCGCCUGGACAGACGAAGAAAAGAGCGUGAGCGGUACCGUGAAGCUGAUGGUGAAGAAGAUGAUGGCCGAGACAAGAUCAGGGAACACAAGGACAAAGAAAAGGAAUUUGAAGCUAUCAAGGAACGGUACCUGGGCAUCAUCAAGAAAACGCGUGUGCGGAGACUAAACGAUCGCAAGUUUGUCUUCGACUGGGAUGCCUCUGAGGACACAGCCGUUGACUAUAAUCCAAUCUACAAAGAAAAGCACACCGUGCAGUUUUUUGGUCGGGGACACGUUGGAGGGAUUGACCUCAAGGCUCAAAAGAAAGAACAGUCCAAGUUCUAUGGCGAGUUACUGGAACGCCGAAGAACACAGGCAGAAAAGGAUCAAGAAGUGGUGCGGCUGAAGAAGAUCAAACGCAAGGAGGAAAAGCAGAAGUGGGACGACCGGCACUGGUCGCACAAGUCCUUAGAAGAGAUGCAGGAGCGUGACUGGCGCAUCUUCCGCGAGGACUUCAACAUCACCAUCAAGGGCGGCCGCAUCCCCAACCCGCUCCGGAAGUGGUCCGAAGUGCACCUCCCCACCGCCAUACUGGACGUCAUCAAGGAACUUGGAUACAAGGACCCCACGCCAAUCCAGAGGCAAGCCAUCCCCAUCGGCCUCCAGAAUCGGGACAUCAUUGGUGUUGCCGAAACAGGCAGUGGCAAGACACUGGCCUUCCUGCUGCCACUGUUGGUUUGGAUCACCUCCCUGCCCAAGAUCGAAAGGCAGGAGGAUGCUGAUCAAGGACCGUACGCUAUUAUCAUGGCUCCAACACGUGAGUUGGCCCAGCAGAUUGAUGAAGAAACUACGAAGUUUGCCAAGAUGCUGGAAAUCCGUUCGGUAGCCGUCAUUGGCGGUCUCUCCCGUGAGGAGCAAGGAUUCCGAUUGCGUCUUGGCUGCGAGAUCGUGAUAGCCACCCCUGGUCGUCUCAUUGACGUCCUUGAGAACAGGUACCUGGUACUGAGUCGAUGCACCUACAUCGUUCUCGAUGAGGCCGACCGCAUGAUUGACAUGGGCUUCGAGGGCGAGGUGCAAAAGAUCCUGGACUACAUGCCAGUCACCAACCAGAAGCCAGACACAGAUGACGCCGAGGAUGAAGAGAAACUACUUGCAAACUUUGCAUCCAAACACAAGUACAGGCAGACUGUGAUGUUCACGGCAACUAUGCCUCCAGCAGUGGAACGCCUGGCACGUUCCUACCUGCGAAGGCCGGCCAUUGUAUACAUUGGCUCGGUGGGCAAGCCUGUGGAGAGGGUGGAACAGGUCGUGCACAUUGUCACGGAGUCUGAGAAAAGGAAGAAGCUGGUUGAGCUUCUCAACCGUGGUGUGGAGCCACCUGUCAUCAUCUUCGUCAACCAGAAGAAGGGUGCUGACGUGCUUGCCAAGGGUCUCGAGAGAAUGGGCUUCAACGCAUGUACACUGCACGGUGGCAAGGGCCAAGAGCAGCGUGAGUUUGCUCUGGCCAGCCUCAAGGGUGGUGCAAAGGACAUACUGGUGGCCACAGAUGUGGCCGGUCGUGGUAUCGACAUCCGCAACGUCUCCAUGGUCAUCAACUACGACAUGGCCAAGACCAUCGAAGAUUACACUCAUCGUAUUGGUCGUACGGGGCGAGCAGGCUUGCAUGGCAAAGCUGUAUCUUUCGUUACGAAGGAAGACUCCCAUCUCUUCUACGACCUCAAGCAACUGAUUUUGAGCAGUCCAGUCUCCACGUGCCCACCAGAAUUGGCCAACCACCCAGACGCACAACACAAGCCUGGCACUGUGGUUACCAAGAAGCGUCGCGAGGAAAAGAUCUUUGCAUGAAUGACAUCUCUCAUUGUUGUGUUAAUAAAAGACAGCUCAGGCACCGUGUGUGUGGCAGCAGUUUCACACGCUACCUGUAGCUUCUAUUUCUGUCUG